AUGGAAGAAGAUGCCUCAGAAGGAAGAUUCUACGCUACAUUCGAGAAAUACCAGCAAUUCACAGACCUACAGCAUUCGAUUUUGUCGCUAGAUGUCUGGCAGGAACCUACUAUUGAAGAAAACAGAGAGGAAGAUCUAUUGUUGAAGAAAAUGUCUCUCAUUUUGAAUGAGUAUCAGGAGCAAGCACAUCUGCUCGAUCCGUUUCUAGAGCAACUAGUUACUCCCGUUAUCGAGACAAUCAAAAGCCAUGCAAAACAUCUGGCCUCAACUACUCAGGACAAAGUCCCUGGUCCUCGCAUCGAUCGUAUUGCGUGCCUCUUGUAUAGCUAUAUCAAGUUCAGAGGGUAUAAGACGAUCACUAGAUUUUUCCCUCAUGAGAUAUCCGAUCUUUCAAUCGCGCUGGACUACAUUGUGUCGCCAAUUAGCCCUACCCAAGACCCGGGUCAAUGGCCUUUGAGAUAUUCCGUUCUGUUGUGGCUUUCGCUUAUUUGCAUGAUACCUUUUGAUCUUGAGCAAUUCGACGACCAUGAUUCUCUUGGACAGACUUCCGCCAAACUCGAGUCUCUGGCAAGGUCAUAUCUAGGGAAAGCCGGACUGGACCGUGAGGGUUCCGCUAUCCUCCUAUCCAGAUUAUACAUGAGGAAAGAUAUGUUUGCCAGCUUGCCAGUAUUUUUGGAUUGGUCUAUCGCCGCGCUCAGCAAUUCCAAUGAUCCUUUCCCCUGUAUAGGAUCGUUGCAGGUGCUAUGUGAAGUCGUCAAAUCUGGAUCGGUAGAACAAGUGAAGACGCAUCUAGCCAGACUUCUCCAAUUUUUCGGCGCCGUAACUGGCAAUGAAUCUCUUACGAGGAAUACGCUGGUCCGAAAGCUGACGGUGAAAUUGAUCUCCCGUGCUGCGCUGCGUCUCCUCCCCGCUACCAUCAGUGCGGCGCGAAGUCGUGUUCUUACUUCGAGUAGUGUUGCUGAUCUGGAUGCGCAAACGGAUGAUUCUGACGUUCAAGAUGUUGACGUUCCAGAAGAAGUCGAAACCAUACUGCAAGAGCUCUUUAAUGCACUUCAGGACAAGGACACGGUUGUUCGAUGGUCUUCUGCCAAGGGUGUUGCGCGUAUAGCAGAGCGACUUCCUCCUGAAUAUACCGAACAAGUACUCGACACACUCAUCGGUUUGUUCUCGAUCCAUUCUAUGGCUGCCGCAAGCAUCUACGACAUGCCGUCUCUGGCCGAGGGAACCUGGCAUGGAGCUUGUCUCGCGUGUGCAGAAAUGGCACGAAGAGGAUUGGUUAUCGACGAGAGGCUUCCAGAGCUUAUAGAAUGGCUGUGUAAAGCAUUAUAUUUCGACAUCCGAAAGGGCGCGCAUUCCAUUGGGUCGAAUGUUCGAGAUGCCGCUUCCUAUGUAUUGUGGUCGCUCGCGCGGGCUCAAGGCGUCGCUGCUCUAGCGCCCCAUGCGGAUAACUUAUCCCAUAGACUGAUUGCUGUUGCUCUGUUUGACAGGGAGAUUCACAUUCGCCGGGCUGCGAGUGCCACGUUCCAAGAAUACGUUGGUCGAACAAGUUUGUUCGCGCAUGGAAUUGAUAUCCUGCGUAAAACCGAUUUCUAUGCUGUCGGUGUCCGCCGGAACUCUUUUCUCAUCGCUGCCCCGGAUGUUGCAGAACAUGUGGAGUACCGUCCAUUUCUCAUUGAUCAACUGAUCUCGAUUACGUUACGGCAUUGGGAUCCCUCAAUGAGGCAAUUAGGAGCACAAUCGCUUCGCGCGAUUUGUCAAUUGGAUCUCCCCAAUUUGGCAUCAGAUGCAGCACAUAGGGCGUCACAAUUUCUAACAGGGCCCGACAUGACGGAUAUUCAUGGAGCUCUUUUGGCGUUGACGGAGCUGGCGGCUACUUAUCAGAAUAGGAGCAAAGACUCGGAAGCAGAACGCCGCAAGAUUUUCGCGUACCUGUCUCAGGUUCCUCUUAAGAUUGUCGAAUCACCAAGACACGAGUUAGUCACCACUGCCGCUUGCAAUCUGAUUGCGACCAGCAUCUCCAUCGAAGAAACACAAUUAGCCAGAUCUAGUGUUCCCCAUUGGCGCAAAAUUGUAGAUAUUGGCCUUAAGAGCAAGAGCGAUGUUGUUCAGGAAGCUGCGGCAAUGGCCAUGGCCGCUAAGCUCACUUCUCGGGACAGGCUGAUCCGCGAGUUCGGAACCGCAUCAUCCCCAAUGCAACAAAGCAUCUGCAAGGUCUUAGGUGUUCUAGACUACGAUGCACACCCUCAUGGCCUCUCUGAAGCUGUUCGAUGCCUGUUGUACAGCGUAAAUCGAUCGAUGACACCGAUAAAAGUGACCGUAGAAACUCGCCGCAAUGCAUACACGUCUAUGUCCCUCAUUCUGGCCAAUAUUGCCACCCGGCUGACUUACCAUCUGGUACCAGGCAUGGUUUGUGAAAUCAUCGAUGCACUGCAAGCUGGACUUACUGAUUACACAUCGGAUGAGCGAGGUGACGUUGGUUCUUGGGUUCGAAUUGCGUGUGUGAAGGGGCUUACUUCAUUGGCGGAGACGCUCUUCUCACACGCGGGAAACUUGCCCAACCUCGCGGACUAUUUCCCUGCAUCGAAAUAUCACGAUGCCGUCGGCGGAAUCCUCAAGCAAGGCAUGGAGAGGCUGGACAACGUUCGGAGAGAAGCGGGAGAUUGUUUCCUUCGCCUCCUUCUGUUGCCAUUACCCCUGACACCUGAUGCGGAGGCGUGGCAAAUAUGUGGCGACACGCUCAUGAAGCAGCUCUUCUUAAGCGAUAAUGAGACAAUUGGAUGGAAUGACGGCGACAGGUUCUUUCCGCGGGCCGUAAGGGUUCUGGGAAUUGAGAAGUAUCGCGAAGCUGUUCUUGCUGGGCUCGUGUUGAGUGCGAGUACAAAGACCGACAGCACGCAACGUCCCGUGUCGGCAGGCCUCAUUGCUUACACGCGUACCCUGCCUGUCGCUGCCGAAGGAACAGCGUACGAUCUAUGUGGCCUGGCCAGAGAUUUACUGGCCCAGGCAAAGCGGAAUUUGGGUGCCAACAGCGUGGUCGUACCCGUGCUGCAGACGUAUAAUCUGCUCUUGGAAGCAGACGUUUUCGAACCGCUGGCUACAAAUUUAGCCGGUUUGGAGUGUUUGGCGGAGCUUCUUGCAAUUGCCUCAAGAAAUGUGUGCAGACUCAAGAACCAUCAGCGCAUCAUCAUGUCUAUGCGAAUGUAG